AUGUUCAAUCUACACCGCAUCACCUGCCUUCGGGCAUUUGUUGUCGCCCUUGCUACGCUUGGGCCAGUCAAUGCUGUACCCAUUGCUAACGACCUCGCUGGUCGUGACACCGAAGGCCCCGCAGUAUGGCCCACUCCUCAACAAAUGACAUUAACCAGCGGGAAGGUAUCACUCAAGGGUGAUGUAACCCUCGUGACCGACGAUUUCGAUGACUCGGCCACGAUCUCCACGAUCAAGGAAGUCGUGGCUGCCGCAGGUGGUAAUGCUGUUCUUGCCAACAAGCCUAGUGGUAAAGGCACGCAUAUUUUCAUUGGCACGGAGGAAGAAGCUGGAGUUGCUGUCGCUGCCGCCAAGGCUCUUGCUGGAAACUCUGCGAAUGACCUCGACCCCGACGGCUAUGUUUUUGCAUGUGGCUAUUAUGAGCAAAAGCCAAGCAUUGUACUCAAUGGUGUGGACGAGCGUGGCACUUUCUAUGCGGCACAGACUCUUCGUCAACUUCUUGACGGUGGCCAUAUUCCCGGUGUGAAGGUCCGCGAUUGGCCGCUCAUGUCUAUCCGUGGCUCGAUCGAGGGUUUCUACGGUGUCCCCUGGUCUCAUCAGGCACGUCUUGAUCAGUUUGCUUUCUAUGGAAAGCACAAGAUGAACACUUAUGUGUACACACCCAAGGAUGAUCCACUUCUCCGCGCCAAAUGGCGCACGCUUUAUAGUGGCGACGAGCUUACUCAGCUCGAGGAGCUUGUUGAGACUGCAAAUACCAACCAUGUCGACUUCACCUAUGCUCUUUCACCCGGCUUAGACAUAUGCUACUCGUCUAACGAUGACUUUGAUGCUACCGUCACCAAGUUUAACCAGCUGCGCGACUUUGGUGUCAGCAGCUUCUAUAUUGCGCUCGAUGAUAUCCCUCUCGAAUUCCAUUGCGAUGCCGACAAGAAGAAGUGGCCCGAAACAGAGGACGAUGAAUGGAUUGCCGAUGCCCAGGCCUUCUAUCUAAACCGUGUUCAGACUGAAUACAUCGAGCCGAACGACCUCGAUGAUCUCGAGACCGUCCCGACCAACUAUGCCGGCAGCGCAGCAUCCCCGUACAAAACAGAAUUCGGCACCAAGCUAAACAAGAAGAUUCGCGUCCAAUGGACCGGGGAAGGAGUCUUCAGCGACGACAUUACAGUUGACAGUGUCGUGAAAGCCGACGCGAGCUACGUCACGGAAAACUUGUUCUUAUGGGACAACUUCCCAGUCAACGACGGCAACCGUGAUCGUCUAUUCCUCAAUCCUCUCACCAAACGUGCUGCCGAGCUAUACAAGCAUCUUCUUGGAUUCACCUCAAACCCGAUGAACCAGCCAUAUGCCUCUAUGGCCGCACUCGCCAACUACGGAGACUAUACAUGGAAUGGGCCAUCGUACAACGCCACCAAGUCCAUGGAUGCAAGCCUAUGGGAAUUGUCGGGUAGUGACAAAACCGUCCACGAGGCACUCAUUGCAUUCGCCGACCUCAGCCAGAACUGGCCAUACCAAAGCCCCGAAGUCAACGCGCCCAGCCUCACUAAGGACAUUGCGGCUUUCUGGGCCGCUCGCAAAGCUGGCGCCAGUGACGGAACUGAGGCGUUGAAAGAUCGCCUCGCACUCAUUAUCACCAUCCCCGAUGUGCUCCCCAAAAUGGCUACCAAGGCCUUCGCUACGGACGUGGCGCCCUGGGCGACUGUUGCUAGGCAAUGGGCGAGUGCCUGUCAGUGCUUGAUUUCCAUGCUCGAGGCGCUCGAUAGAAAGGAUCACAGCACAGCAGAUGCUGAGUUCAGCUCUGCUAAAGAGUGGGUUGAGAAGACGAAUGCUAAGACUGUUGAUGACCGCAAUACAGAGGGUGAGGACCUUCCUAAGUCGAUUAUCCCAAUUACCGGUGACGGAGCGUUUGAUACGUUCCUCACUAACGCCACAGCUAUUUACAACCGGAGGUAA